UGCGCCUUUGCCGUUCUGGCAAUUAAAAAACAUUCAAGAAAAAACUCCAAGUGUCGAAAACCUCAACCAACUAAUAAAUACAAUAAUAGUAAAACUAUUGAGACCUGAAAUUCAAAAAUUUUAAAGAAUUCAUAGUUUGUGAAAAUGGCACUCCGCCUGGGAGGAGCACUGAAAGAACUGCGUAUACAUUUAUGUCAAACCAGCAAACAGUCUGAGGGAGUGAGGGAAUUUAUCAAAAACAACUAUGUCAAUAUUAAGAAGGAAAACCCCAAUUUUCCUAUAUUAAUUAGAGAAUGCAGCGGUAUUCAACCUAGAGUGUGGGCGCGUUAUGAAAGAGGAGCUGAAAAAUCAACACCUCUCACAAAUUUAUCAGCAAAUGAUGUUCUGUCGGCCAUUAAGCAGUUAGUGAAGUGAAUUUAAGUUAAAUAUUAUGUAAUUGUUCAUUAAUAAAUGUUUUAUUAGCGUUUA